AUGAGUCGACUCAUCUGUGGAGGGGCUGCCGGAAUUACUUCAGUCACCGUGACAUAUCCCCUUGACAUUGUUCGGACGCGACUGUCUAUCCAGUCAGCCUCGUUUGUCGCUCUCGGCCAACGUGAUGCCAACGAGAAGCUUCCGGGCAUGUUCAAAAGCAUCGUCCUGAUCUACAGGAAUGAGGGUGGCGUUAUUGCACUUUACCGCGGUAUAAUCCCAACAGUUGCUGGUGUUGCUCCAUACGUUGGUUUGAAUUUUAUGACAUAUGAAUCUGUCAGAACAUUUUUAACGCCUGAGGGCGAGAAGACCCCUAAUGCUUUGCGCAAAUUAGUGGCUGGUGCAAUCUCAGGAGCAGUGGCACAAACUUGCACUUACCCAUUUGAUGUCCUGCGACGGCGUUUCCAGAUAAAUACCAUGUCGGGGAUUGGGUAUAAGUAUACAUCCAUCUGGGAUGCGGUGAAAGUUAUUGUAGCCGAAGAAGGGCUACGUGGGCUCUUCAAAGGCAUUGUUCCCAAUCUUCUCAAAGUGGCACCCAGUAUGGCUAGUAGUUGGCUCAGCUUUGAGUUGACAAGGGAUUUCCUUGUGGGUUUAGAAGAUAACUGA